AGCUUUAAUGUUCAUCAUACUUUUCAUUCAUCCCCAUAUUGAUCAUAUACUAACCACCAUUACGGGCCUCUCUAUGUAACUUUCUAUUUCAUUGAUUCACUACACUACGAAUGCGCACUAUUUUCAAAGAUUUUGAUGGCGAGAGCCGCGAUUCUUUACUGCUAAUAAAAUUAUUUGAAAGCGCAUAAUUUGUGUAUUUACAGACCCUCUGUCCAGGUCCCAAGUACUUUAACCUACAGCGUCCAUCAGAAACCCCUUAUCUUUUGGACUGCGACAUGAGUAUAUGGAAAGUAAUGAUACCCGGAAAAACAUGACAUAUCAAUGUAGGUGCCCGUCGUGUCUGAAUUAAUACUCCCCACAUUAAAAAAACUGAAGUCUCUGGUGGGCUUCGAACUAACGGCAGUGAGGGUUAAGCCGUUUAAAGAACGAGGGUCAUUGGUAGAUAAAGAUCGUAAGACACUUUAAAUUGCGCAUUUAACAACCAUACAUGAAGAAAGUGUAACUGAUUUUUGGAAAAUAUUAACAUUGGAGCAAACCAAACACAUUCGUUACGACACUAUGUAUUGGUGAAGAUGGAAAAAAAUGGCUGGGAAUAUUGUAAAAGAGAGAAUAUAUAAACAAACAGAUUAAAUUAAAGCAAGGCCGUGUAUCAUUCAGCUACCCGAGGAUAUGGAGGAAAUUAAAAAGACACUGAGUCAGUACCCUUCAAGCUUCAGUGUCAAAGAAACGAUAACAUCUAUGUCACGAGGGGAAAUAGGAAAAAUAAAACACAAAUUGGAGAUUGAACUGGAAUCUUCUGAAAAAGAAUUCAGCACGGACAUGGAAAAAUUAAGAGUCGAAAAUUUACUUUCGUUUUUUCAUUUUUAUCUAGGAAAUCAAGAAAAGGCGACAGAUUUUAACGAGAAAGUUUUAGACAGACAACCGGAGAAUAUGAUAGCUUUAUCAAACAAAGCCUGGUUUUCUUUGCGGGACCAUAAAAACAUAUUGCAGUGCAAAGAACUUUGUAAGCGUCUCAAAGCAAUAAAGAGACAAAAUGAAUUAGCUUUAAUUAUAGCAAAAGCUGAGGUAGCAUUUACUUAUUCAAGAUUAGGAAUACGGAAUUAUAAGAAGGCAUCGUCAGAAUUCGGAAACGUUCUUCGAGAUUGUGAGAAAAUUAAAGAAUUUGUCGAUGGAUCGGACUCUGCUGCUACUCAAGGUCAGGUACCGACCGACUAUGUUUGUAUAUGGAUGUAUAGGAAAGCCCUCUGUCAACGGAGACAGUCAAAUUUGAAUAACAGUGACGAACCAGCAGGUAAUGAAGAAUUGAAAAACUAUUACAGUAUUACGUUAGACCUGUAUACGAAGAUAAUUCAGUUGGAAAAUUCUGAAAGCGAUUGUAUCAAGAGAUACAAAGCGAGAUCAUAUGUUGAAAUUGGUUUCAUUUCUUAUGAUGUCUCUAGGAAUCAAUCCAUAUUUCCAAAUGGCAUGGAAGAUUUUAUGCCUACAAAUUCACCAUUUUUAAUGAAAACGACAGAUUAUUUUUUUUAUAAAGCUCUUGAAUGUUAUCCAGAUGAUGUAUCUGUUCUCGAACGAAGCGGGAAGUACUUCCGAUACAUAAAUGAACAUGAAAAAUCAAUAAAUCUACUAACUCGAGCUAUUAAAAUCAAACCAACCUCUUUUGGUUAUCAUCACAUCGCCCUGACGUUCAAAAGACUACUUGAAAAAAACAAAGGGAAAUUAGCUCGGCAAUUACUAGAUGUUCACAUGGGCUGUGAAGAUGGCAUAAAGAACUUCUCACAACUUAGUAUAAACCCUAGCAACAGAGGUACCUAUAUCCCUUGCGAUCCUUCGAGGCCGAAAAAGAAGUCUGGAAUAAAAUGUCCAAAAGAACUAAUCAUUAUAGAUUACAAUGAACAUAAGCCUGUUGUUGAUAAAAUAAUUGCGUAUCUUGAUACAUCAUAUGAAUUGUCGUCAAACACGAAUGCAAUUUACGAUAAGGCCUUACUUUACAGGCAAAUAAGUCAACCUGAAAGUGCAUUAAAGGUUUUAGAAGAUUUAUCGCAGAACUAUGAUAAAUUCAUUUCACGCAUUAUGCUGGCAAACAUUUACGAGCAGUCCGCAUUUUGUAUAAGUGAUAUGUUACUCAACUCCAAUGAUGUCAAAAUGAAUGAAAGAAGUGAAAUGGAGGAAGUCAGGGACUUUUAUUUAAAAUCAUCUAUUGAGAUUUCAUGUGCCCUCAUUGAUAAGAUUCCAUCCCUCGAAAAAGGCUGGAAAUCUGCUGCCACACUGAGGAAUGUCCUAUAUGGGAAAUUAGAGAUAAAAAGAACGAAAGAUACUUUGAAGGAGCUAUGGAAACUUUCCAGAAAGCUAAAUGAGCAUCGCGAUGCAGUUAAAAUACUUCAAGAAUUGCAACCAUUAGCCGAUGACGAAGAAGAAGAAAAGGAGUUUCUUGAAGGAAUUGUCCAGCAUCAAAUUUCCAAAGAGAACUUUGAAGAGGCAGUUAUCGCUCUUUGUAUGUCUAAGCAAGUUGGAGAUGGGCAACCACUUAUUGAAAAGAAUCUGUACAUCAAAACUUACAUCGAAGCGGGUUUGGAUGCUUUUAGACGAAAACAUUUUCAAAAGGGGGAAAUGCGUAUUGGAGAGGCGUUUAGGUUUGUGAGAGAAUCUCAACUAACGCACGGAAAUAGUGAAGCGUCCAAUGGAACAAACAGAGGAAAAGAAGAAAAUGAAUCAUUCGACAUUUUCAUUCUUUCAAACCUUGAUGACGACGAAAAUGGACAAAAACUUAUGAUGCUUUUAAACAGUCUUGGACUCAAAACAACUUUCAAUUCAGAAAGCCCAGCGAUUAGUCCAGGUACACCGGAAGUACUUGGAAUGGAAAACAUAAUGAGUCAGUCGAACGCUUUUGUAAUUAUUAAAGACUUUGAUACUGACAAUACAAUAAUGCAAAAUAUUAUUGAUAGAAUGCAAAGCAUUGUAGAAGAUAGGCACAACAGAUCAUUAAUUUUAGUAGUGACACUGCCAGAAUCUACAGAAAUACUCCCUGGAUCUUUUUAUGCAACGCAGAAAAUAAUUACAAUUGAUCUUAAGUCUGUACCAAAGGACACUUUCUUUACACCAGAGGGGUUCAAAAGUUUGUUAAUGGCUCUUGCAUUGGUUUAGAAACCUAGCAUACAUUGAAUUGGAUUUAUUGCUUCUUGUAUAGUUGUGUACAUAUUUCUAUAUAAUAUACAAGCCCGAUGCAAUACGUGACUUGAUACUUGAAAUCGUGACUAGCUAAACAACAUGGGACUAACUUACGUUCUUAAGUCUGAACUGUUUGCCUUUUUUUUGCCUAUUUGUCUAUUUAAAGUAUAUCGAGGUUGAAUAAAACAUCGUGAUAUAAUAUAACAAAUGUUAUUUCAUUUGCGCACCAUUUUGGUUGCAGAGUGAAGUUUUAACAUUUUUAUUGAUACAACAAUUUGUUGAAAUAAUGACUUCGUCGAACAAUAAAACCAAUAGAUGGUCUAAUCGAGAAGAUGACAAAGCAAAAAAAAUCACCUUAUGCAAAUGAAACAAAAUAAGACUAAAAAUAAAAAACAUUCAAUAAAGAUAAGACUUGUUAUUUACAAUCGAUGAACCGGAAUUAUUAAUAAAGAUAUUAAAGAAAUUCAGGAAAAUAGUUUAAUUGUCUAAAUGAUGUCGCAUUAUUUUUGUAAGACUUGACGGUCGUAUAUCGUGGGGGAAUUAACGAAAAAACAACAGUCAAACUGGCGGACAUUGGCGCUGAGAUCAUCAAAACUUUUAGGAAAGUCAAGCUGCUUUUGGAAAAAAAAAACGAUAUAAACGAGAUAAAAGGAAUAUGUAUACUACAAAGCUUUGUUUAUUGCAUGCAUUGAUAUAUUACAUCCACAAGUAAAUUUAAAAUUGCACCUUUAUCUACCUGGUGAAGCUUUGAGUUGAAAUGUAGAUAGUGUAAUUAACCCCUUUUUUUGUAUAUCCUCAAUUUGCACAUUUGCAUGUGAAAAAGAGGGAAUAGUAACUGAUGCUGAGGAAAAUGUAUCAACUUGGAAAUUACUAGACUAAGAUGUAGCUUUGAGGCGAUGGUGAAGGAAACUAAAUAAAACGUAACAGGCGCGGUUCUAACUAAAAUGAAAUAUAUCAUUUGAAACAAUGCCAGUUGAACUGGAUGUAGAAAGCCUAAAUGGUCAGACGUCUCAAAUAUACUAUCAAAAAAAAAACUUAAUAUACAUUUCAGUUAUAUUUGAAACUUAAAAUGAUAUAAUAUAAAACUCUUUUUAGAACGUAUAUGUUAAGAAAAUAGGAGGACAUGAAGAUUACGUCGAUCAAAGGUGGUAGUUGCUACAUUUUCUAACUACUUUAGACUGAUAAAGUAACAACAAAAGUUAGGAUCAUUUUUGAUGUUCAGCAAAAUGAAACGCGGUCUCUUUCAAAGAUUGGAAAUGGAGUUGUUUGAUGUUUUACAACGUGUCUAAUGGCAUUGAUGUGUAAAUCUUUCUAAGAAUUGAUAAAGCAAAACCUGACAAUAUUAUUGAUUUCUACGGAGAGAGAAUCAAAACGAUAAAGAAUGUGAAUAAAAGAUUCAGAGUUUGUAUUUGUUGAAAAUGUUUCGCCUAACAUUAUCCGCCAUUAUAGUGCCGAAUUAUUGAACUAUUGAAUUACACGAGAUGGCUGCAGAAAUAAUAAUGCAUUCAAAAUACACAGAUAUGCAAACAUAUCCAACAUAUGAUUCUAAUUAAAACGUUGUCGUCGUAUGCAGGAGCUGGUUGUUGUUGCUGCUGCUUCGCAAGUGGUUAUUUCGUUUAAAUAACAUAAGUUUAUGGUUUCGUGAAUAAAAAAGAGAUGAACAUUUGGGAUGUUGCUCAUGUCACAUCACCUGGUACACAAAUAAUUCUUGACAUUUUUCCUGAAAAUAAACUGUCAUGUUCGUGUUGUAAAUACUCGCGUUGGAAAAUCAGAAAUGAGACCAAUUACAAAAGGGUGCUCACUUGAAAAGAUCUUUGAAUAUAUAUAGUGUAAGAAUUGCAUGUGCAUAAUAAUCCCUUUACUUAUUAUCUGCCAACCAUGAGAAGAAGACAUUCAUUUUCAUGGAAAAAAUAAGAAAUACAUUACAGACGAACAGUAAAAUAGCAUUAAAAUAUCAUACAAAUGUGAAAAAGACUGGAUUCGUAUGAUAAUAAUAAUAUGGAAUUUUUUAUGACAAUUACUUUUAUUUUGAUGCUUGGGUGUCUCAUUUUGCAACAGUACAAAUAGAUAUGAAUGUUUAAAUGUUUAUGAAAUAAUUUUGUGAAUAAAAUGCAAUGUAGUCCUUCGUUAUUUUGUUAAACAAUUAGCGAUUUCGAAAUCUUUUCGGUAUCUUUUAUUUGCCUUUUGGGGUUGAGGAGAUGAAAUAUAAGAUCUUUGAAGACACACUUAAUUGAAAUUUAUUUGGUAUCAAUGAGUUUUAAGUUUUGAAAUAAUAAUGUAUAAAAUAAGUAUAAAUUCAAUGUAGCCCUUUGUUAUUUUAUAAAAAAAGCGAUUUCAAAACCUGAAGGUUAUUAAUUAUCCUUUCUUGCCUUUUCAUGUGAAGGGGACGAAAUAUAUCAUCUUUGAAAAAGUAUAAUUUCAUUUUACAUGUACUUUUUGUUUUACAUAAAUAACGAAAUUCAUAAGGUUGUAGAUAUUUUUUUCUUUGCUUUUGAGUUUAUGGAGACGAAAUAAAAGACAUUUGAGGACAUACUUGAUUACAAUAAAUUUGGAAUCAUUAAGAAAUAAGUCUUAAAUUAAUAAAAAAGCUUUAACAUUCCGAGGAAGAGAGUAUGUUCCAGAGAAAUAUACAUCUAUGCUAGAUGACUACGAUAUUUGUAAUCAUUAAUAGUUAGUAAAGUAGGUAAAAAUGGUAUCCCCUGAUUAUUACUAUUUGAUGUAGAAAAAUAUAUGUUAGAUAACUAAAAUACAUUUAUUCAUUUGUUGUAAAGUUGGAUUCCAACAACAACAGGUUAUAUCAUUAUUACAUAUUAGUGUAUAAUAUUACGGAAGAAGUAUAUCAAUUCAGAACACAUUUAUUCUUCUUAAAUGUUUUUGAAGAAAUACAAGGGUUUAAACUUUUACUAAGAUUUAAGUUAUAGUUUAUGGAUACUUCGUACUAACCAUUUCAUUAUAGUUGUAUGUUGAUUAGUAUGUUUCGUUUAUUUGUGGUUAGUAACUUUGUAGAACUUGGAUACAAUUUUCUACAUUCACUUAACAUGGCCUAAUGUCAUAGAAUGGUUCUACUUUCAUUUUCACUGGUCUUUGAACUUUGUGAGAUACAAGUUGUUGAUUUAGCAUUUAUAUUUGUUUUGUAUUAUGUGUAGUUUUUCAGAAGUAUUUUGAUAAUGUAUGUUACUUUGUCAUAAUCAUGAUAUUUUAUAGAAAUUGUUAAUAUUGUACCAUUUACUUGUCCAUGAACAUGAUCAUAGUUAUGUAAACAAAAGAUAAGGAUAUACCAAUACCUAUUUUAUUAAGAAAUUUGUUCAAUGAUAUAAAAUACCAAUUUGAAUACAAAUGUAGAAAUAAAGACGAUUCAGUGACAGAAUUUUUAAAAUAUUUGUAAUUUGUAUGAAUAUUACCUUUAAUGUAUGGGACGCAACUCAAUUGAAAUUAUAGAUUUAAUUCAUAAAGAGUUAACUCGCUUUUCAACCUUGUCAUUUUUCGUUUUUCGGACAAGUAAAUAAUACCUUUGCGAAUUGUAUGUUUUGUACAUUAUCUAUACUGCUUCUUAUUUUGUAAGAAAUCAAAUAUAUAUACUUGUAUUAUUGUAAGGCUGAUAGGAGGAUGCUCCUCGACCCCUAUUAUGCCAAUGACGGGGAAAAUAAAUGGGGUUACCCCUUAACUGGGCGCCCGAAACUGAAAAAAAAAAGAAAAAAAAAGAUAA